AUGAGCUCCAACAAUGAACCGGCCCAAAGUCGAACAUCAUAUUUCAAAUUGAAUGAAUUUUUGUCCAACGUUAAGCAUUACAAGAAUACCUUUAAGGGUGAGAUUCAGUGGUGUAAUAACCUGUCCUUAAACGACUGGAAGACACACUAUCUGCAAAUUACCAGUACAGGUGCACUAACCCACUCAAUCGAUGAGUUAACAGCAGACUCUACUAAUAUUCAGCCAAUUAUCAAACAUCUACAGCAAUGUAGAAUCGAGAUUAUUAAGGAUAAGCAUUCCUCUUUUAAGGAUAUUAAUGCAAAUUGUAAUUUUAUAAUCCAAGUAAACACCUCAGGUAAAGAUAAUAAAGUUUACCUGCGAGUUAAAAGUUGGAGUGAUUUCAAGAAAUUGCUAACAUGUCUGAUCUGGUGGAGCUCAAUGAAGACAAAUGGUAUAUUUAAUAAGUUUCAAGUAUCGCGACCUCUAGAAUUUAAAAGCAAAAAAAUGGCGAAACCAGAAAGUUUGCUGGUUUACAAAUUGAAUGUUUUUGGGCCCAUCGUUAAGAACAUCGUCCUUCCGCCAGCAACAAAUAUUUUAGAAAGCCCUGAUAUAAUUAAUAAUGAUGACAACAGCGUAGGUUGGUUUUCCGCUAUGGGGGUGCUUAAAUCAAACGGCAUGCUAGAUCUUCUUUUACAGAGUGACGGCUCUCUGAUUUACUCAUUGAAUAUUAGCCAGCUUUUAAGAUCAGAGAUAAGAAUUCUGGAUUCAUCUGUUUUACAAAGUGAAAACAGUUUGUUUUUAGGUGAAUUGCCAUUACUAAGGAGCCAGUUGGGCCUCGAAAAGUUUCGCAUAGAAAAUAUUGCCAGUGCUGCCACCAACUCUAGUGAUAUUUCUCAAGAAAUUAUUGUAGAGUUUCCCUUAAGAAUAGACCUGGAGGAUUGUUUUAUAGCGUUACAAUCGUUCGCUAGGUCGGAAUACUUAUCUAUUACUGGCUCAGAUAAAUCAAAUGAUAUGAAGAUAUCGAAUAGCUUUAAAAUUUCCAUACUGGAAGCUAAUUUUCAGUCAAUCAAUUUAAAUGACAAGAAUAAUACGCCAUGGUCAAUAUUCACAGACAUAACGGCCUGGGGCCAUACAUGGGCUAGAACAUCCAUGGUUUCAAACUCCUCUAAUCCAUUUUGGAGAGAAGAGUUUCAGUUCAAUGAACUUUUAAGACUUACUAAUUCUUAUCUGGAAAUCAAGCAGUUAUUCCACGAUCUCAAUAAUAAAAAACGGUUACGAUUGAUAGGCAAAAUAAAAAUCACACAAGAAAUAAUAAAUGAUACAAGAUAUAAUAAGGAAACAAGACUACCCAUCAUGGACGUUGAUAACAAAAAUUUUCAAAUAGGAACAAUCUGUAUUAAAAUUUCUUCAAAUUUGAACUUCAUUUUACCGUCAACCAAUUUCGUUAAAUUGGAAAAACUUUUGAUGAACGCAAACUUGUCCAUGGUUUCCAAUCUAAUUUACAAAUCUUCUUCAUCAAUGGAGAAUGAUAACAAAUUGACGCAAACAUCCAUAAUUUUUCUCGAUAUAUUCCAAUCUUUGUCAAGAAUAGAAGAAUGGUUCCACGUCCUUAUAGACAAAGAAUUGGCUAAAAUUGAUGGAACGGUUUCAAGAAUAAACCAGAAAAAUUUAGACUCAAAGCAUGUUUUCAACAGUUUAUUCCGUGGUAACUCUAUCUUAACAAAGUCGAUUGAACAGUACUUUUUCAGAGUGGGUAAUGAAUAUUUGAGUAAAGCGCUUAGUGCAAUACUAAAAGAGAUCAUUGAGUCAAACAAAUCAUGUGAAUUGGAUCCUGCUAGAGUAAAAGAAAAAGAUGAAGUAAAAAAGAGGAAAAUAAUUGCCGACAACUACAAACGAUUGUAUUCUUGGGUUACGAAGAUUUGGAAAAGGCUGUAUGCAACGAGUAAUGACCUGCCGAUUGAAAUAAGAAAUGUUUUAAAAAUCUUUAGGCAAAAACUAGAGAUAAUUUGUAUCGAUGACACUUUGCAAAUAAUUUUGAAUGGUAUAUCAGGAUUAUUGUUUUUAAGGUUUUUUUGUCCAGUCAUAUUAAACCCUAAGCUAUUCAAAUAUGUUUCUCAAAAUUUAAACGAAACAGCAAGAAGGAAUCUUACCCUAAUAAGUAAAGUUUUACUUAAUCUGUCCACUUUGACGCAGUUUGCAAACAAAGAGCCCUGGCUAAUGAAGAUGAAUAACUUUAUCGAUAAAAGACACAAUGACUUAUUAGAUUACAUUGAUAAAAUGACGCAAAAGAAACUAGAUUUUAAUUCAAAGAUAUUGAACCUAAGUUCUACUAUUUCGAGACCCAAAUUGGCCAUUGAACAAACGAUGUUGGAUGAUUUGCCUCAGAUUCCUUAUCUGCUUGAUAAGAAUUUGAGAGAAACUGAGUUUGUUAACUUGAUUGUUAAUUUCAGUCAGGAAGAUAUGACCAAGAUGGAAAAAUACAAUCACAUGGAUAAUGGUGGGAAGGGAGAAUUAAUCGAAGAGGAGGGCCUGUUAAGCGGUAGCAGCCUAAAUUUGUCUGUGGAUAAAAAAGAUUUGGAUUCACCAAUUGAGGUUAAGCCAGAAAUUGGAGAGUUAGAAUUUGAGAAAAUAACUGAAAACAACACGGAGAUCUUCGGAGAUGAUUUAAUGAACCUACUGAAAAGCGAUGAUGUAGGUUCCAGAAGCAGAGAUUUGGAUAAUGGCGCUAAUUCAGGCAUCAAAUUUAAUUCUAUAAUCCCGAAAGCAGAAGAGGAAAAGCAUGCAAUGAAAGAAUUGGAGCAAGAGUCAUGUUUACUCUAUAAUAGGAUUAAUCAUAUUAGAAAACGGUUGUCAGGUUAUGAAUGUGCUUCCAGCACUUUGUUUGAAGACAAAAAAUACUCCAUUUCACUCUCACAUAAAAUUUUUUAUGAAGAAAUAAAGGAGGGAAAAGAAAUUGUUCUUAAACUACUAAAUAAACCAACAAAUGAAAACUCUUCCGCAAGAUUGCAGAAAUUCUUCACAAAAGGUGUCUCUAGUAAAUCCAAUAACACAGUUGGAGAUAGUUACUGUAAAUUUUUGACUAUUGAUGUAAGUGAUGAGAAUCCCAAGAGUAGCAACAAAACAUCGGUACAUGGAACAUCAUCGGAAAAUGGAGCCAAGGAUGAUUACUUGACGCUUCCAAACUCGCAAGGUAAAGGUAACUUGGGGAAUAGAUUUUCCCCGACAAAGUUAUCUAGGAUAAUGAGGAAACCUCCUAACGCAGAUGUUCCUAAAGAACAAAAUUCCCGUAAGCUGACAAGAUGGUUCAAAAAGAAAAAAGAAACAGGGGGAUCUUAA